AUGGCAGACGAGGCAACCCGCCGGGUGGUGGCUGCGUUACCGUUGCUGAAAACAAACGCGGGACCGCGGGACCAGGAGCUGUGGGUCCAGCGGCUGAAGGAGGAGUACCAAGCGCUCAUUAAGUACGUGGAAAACAACAAGAAUGCGGACAACGAUUGGUUCAGGUUGGAGUCCAACAAGGAAGGUACCAGGUGGUUUGGGAAGUGCUGGUACAUCCACAACCUCUUGAAGUAUGAAUUUGCUGUUGAGUUUGACAUUCCAGUCACGUAUCCAUCCACUGCACCAGAAAUUGCUAUUCCAGAACUGGAUGGCAAAACAGCCAAAAUGUACAGGGGAGGCAAAAUAUGCCUUACAGACCAUUUCAAGCCCUUGUGGGCUAGGAACGUACCAAAGUUUGGGCUGGCCCACCUGAUGGCCUUGGGGCUGGGGCCUUGGUUGGCUGUAGAGAUUCCUGACCUGAUAUCAAAGGGGCUGAUUGAACACAAAGAGAAAUGA